AUGGUAGUGUUUUUUCGUGUGGCCAUAUCGUGGCCAAACCUCGUCCAUCACAUUGCGAAGGUCGAGCAAUUGGACCCGAACUAUGAUGUGGCUUUAAAGUUUAAAUGCAAUCUUACAUGUGCUAUAGUUAUUAUCUUGGCUUCAGUGGAACAUAUUCUAUCUCUUUUAUCUGCAAUCGCAACCGCAACCGCAUGUGGCACGGAAGAUGUGAGCUAUGAAGGCUUCGUUAAAUUUUUCUACCCAUGGGUUUUCAAUUUCUUACCGUAUUCUUUUAUUUUGGGGGCAAUGACACAGUUUGUCCACUUCCAAUCCACAUUUAUUUGGAAUUUCUCCGACCUCUUUGUUAUAUGUAUGAGCUACUAUUUAACGUCCAGGAGUACAAGCAUUUUUGGUGGUUAUGAAGCGGCUACGUAUUUUGUCUUUUCACUCAUUUAUCUCAUAAGUCGCUCAGUAGCUGUAUCUCUAAUAGCUUCACAAGUAAAUACAGCAUCAAAUGCUCCAGCACCUGUUUUGUAUGAUGUACCAUCUCCUGUAUACUGUGUUGAGGUUGCGGGAACAAUAGUGACCUAUGAGUUGGUUAUGUUUCAGUUUAAUGAUACCCCAUCUGGUGAAAAUAUUACAACCACGGUACCAACAACUUUGUUGGCUAAUAAAACAGACAUAGCUUUCUAA